GACGGGGUAAACGAUGUAUGUUAAUACCGUUGCAUAUUGAAACUCUUCCACUUUUGGCUAUUUCAAUCUCUUUUAUCUUUACCUAAAGUAUUUAAUUAACGUCAUGCAUGACUUAUUUUACAAAAUCACUUGUCAACCACCUAUAUAUCAAUAAGACAAACUUGCUAACUUUAUUCUUCUAUAUUUGGUAAUAUAAACUGUAACGUUUUACCGCUAUUGCCGUUUUGAGAUGUCUUCGAACUUUUUCCUUUUGCUAAAGUUUUAGUUCACGUAACAUAACUAGAUGGUAAUUUUCAUUGGCUAUGUAUUUGAUACAACGUAAUACCAUGAAAUGAACUCAUAUGGUAAACCUAUAAACAAUAGAGGCCUAACAACAUACUGAGAUUCACUGACAAAGUGACAAGUACGGCCUGGUUAAAUUGUAUUCCUGUUCUGUGUUCUUGGGACAACACAAAGGCAGUCUGAAAGAAUAUGGAACAUGGUUUACCGUCUACGGCCAAACCAUCACUUGUUAAGAAAAGAAACAACCCUCAAGAUGUGAGUAAAUCCUGGUGGAGAAUAAAGCCCUUCUUGGCUCUCAUAUGUACAGCACUUUUGAUCUUUUGGUAUAAGACCACACAUAUUCAAUUCGAAGAUACAGAUCUAGAAGAAUCAGAUUAUCCCAUUGACAUGACUAAGGAAUCAGAACCAGUCGAUCAGAAAUUAGAAGGCUUGCCCCGUGGUAUCAUACAGCCUAGAUCAGACCUCGAACUGAAGCCUCUCUGGUCUAGUAGUAGUUUGAGUUCAAAGGGUGUAGAAAUGGCUACCCGUAACUUGUUGGCCAUACCCGUAGGAAUUAAGCAAAAGAGUAACGUUGACGCUAUUGUAAAGAAGUUUCUUCCAGCGAAUUUCACGGUUGUUCUGUUCCACUACGAUGGUAAUAUGGAUCAAUGGUUGGAUCUGGAGUGGAGUUCAAAGGCCAUACAUAUAGUUGCACAGGACCAGACUAAAUGGUGGUUUGCGAAAAGAUUUCUCCAUCCUGAUGUUGUAUCAAUUUAUGAUUAUAUAUUUAUUUGGGAUGAGGAUCUUGGAGUAGAGAAUUUCUCACCAGAGAGUUAUUUGGAGAUAGUUAAAUCAGAGGGACUGGAGAUAUCUCAACCGGCUUUGGACUCAAACUCUAGUGGAAUCCACCACAAAAUCACAGUCCGUUCUAGUACAGAGAUAUUUCAUAGGAGAGUUUACAUCAGUAAAGGCAAUAGAAAGUGUUCUAACGCAAGCGUAGAUCCUCCUUGCACAGGAUUUGUUGAAGGAAUGGCUCCGGUGUUUUCAAGAGCUGCUUGGUUUUGCACUUGGAAUCUUAUACAGAAUGAUUUGGUUCAUGGAUGGGGAAUGGAUAUGAAACUAGGAUAUUGUGCACAGGGAGAUAGAACGAAGAAUGUGGGCAUCGUGGAUAGUGAGUAUAUAUUUCAUCAAGGCAUUCAAACUUUAGGUGAAAGUGGACACUCUGAGUCUGAGAAGAAGAGACAUGGCCAUAAUUCGAGAACCUCGAUAAGGAGGCAAUCGACAUGGGAACUUCAAACAUUUGAAGAAAGAUGGAACAAAGCGGUGGAACAAGACAAGAACUGGAUCAAGAGUAAUAACAGAAGAUUAAGGCACAAGAGAACUCAAGAGACAGCAACACCAGCAUGAACACACAUAUAGCAUAAGAAAGAUGAUUAAUACACGUAGCAAUUGCUUCCAAAGCAUAGAUGUUGACAAUAUUGUAUUUUAAAAAAAACAAUAAUGACAAAAGUUAGAUACUGAUCAGAAAAUACAAGUAAAGUAUAAUUCCAAGGUGUUGUAAAAAGGUAAAAAGUAAAAACAAAUACUGUCCGUGGUGACGCUGUAAACAAUAACGUGAUUUGAAAUCACCAUCUCUCCUUUAGCCCCUGGUUCACUGGUUGUAAUGUGUAAAUCUCCUUGAGCCCCUGAUCACUAGCAGUAAAGUAAAAUAUCAUGUAUAUUUUGGGCUUGUUCAAUUUUUCAGAUAAGUUUUUUAAGGGACACCUUAUAUCUUUUAGGACUUUAAUAUUUACUUAUAUACAAAAAAUUAGUUUAAUAAACUUUGCAUUAUUGCCCGGCUGUUCUUAACCAUAGGAUGACUCAUGACUGUAGUGUGUAUCAGUGUAUAUAUUCCCCCAUUUCCAUUUUCCCUCAAUUAUUAUUUUUUAUUUUUUUGAAGGCGUGUUACCUUAUUUUUCUCACGUGAAUUUUGUUGUUAGUCUGCAAAUUAUUAAGAAACAUUUCAUUUAUCUGACUUUCGGUGAAUACCUAAAAGAUGUAAGCUUUUUGUGUUUUAGGCACGUGAAUUUGGUGCAAAAUGGAAUGGAAUAUCUAUUAGAUUAUUAUUAUUAAUCAUCAUGGAGCACUUUAAGACUGUCAGAAUAUUUUGUCGCUUUUUAGAUGACCAAUCCAACCUUAUGAUAUAACUUAUCCUUAGUGGGAUUACAAGUUGGUGUCCACUUUUAAAUAAAGCUACUUACUUUUCUUCAUAACUAAUUAUUGAUUCUAAGCUUGCAGACAUUGAUGCAAUGCACCUGGAUAGAGUCUAUCUAUUGUGCAUUUUUAGAUUACAACCAUGGUUUACCAACUCUCAAAGCAAUCAAAAGAUCAUUAUCUUCAUUAGUCAUUACUAACCAAUUUAUAAAUUAACUAAUAAGAAUUAAUUGAUAAUGAAAAUCCUUGUAUCAAACCAAAAAAUAACCAAUAAUAAAACUAAAAUGAUAUUUAGUAUACCAAACUAUAACAAUUUAAGUUUUGGUAACAUGAAUAAACAAAUAAAUAGUUAUCCAAAUUUAUUUUAGUAUUUUAGUCUUAAAAUAUAAAAAUUUAAAAUAACACGAUAAAUUCAUUGUUAGUAAAAUAUACCUUAAGAGUAAAGUAUUAGAAUUCUGGAGAACCGUAAUCUGAUCAACAAAACCCCUAUUAAACAAAAUCGAAUAAGAUCGAGAUAAUUAAUAAAAUAAAUUAAAGUAAGAUCUUAAUCUAAUCCAAGGGGGGGCGGCGAGGGGCAAAACGUUCAAGCAGAUAGUUAAUAAUAAAUUGAUCAAAGUUGUAAUAUUAGCCAAACCCAAGGUUAGUUUGGAGAACACUUUAACGUUUAUAUAAAGACCUAUUGAUCCUCUUGUGGUUGUAACUUGCAACAAAUCAAACAUUCUUGUUCUUCAGUUUAGUCAUUUCUUCUUCUCUCUAGACUUUCCUAAAGACUUUUACUCACUUUUUUCUUCACAGACUUUCCAGAAGACUUUUGACCUUUGAUUGACUUCGAUAAGCAGAAAAUGGAAGGAAGAGGAAAAGUCAGCAUGAUCAACGGCGGAAAUGGAACUAGGAGAGAUGCCAGAGAACAAGGUGGCCGUCCGAUUCCAAAGAGAGGGCAAGUCAAAGUUGGGAUCUUGCUUGGCUUUGCUAAUUCUUUUGCUUCUAUCUUUGGCUCCACGAAAAACUUCCUUGGAUCCUAAACUGCUGCUUCUCAUAUUAAAUAUUUUUGUUGAUUUCUUCAGAAUUAUUAUGUAGUUUAUUAGAGUGAAAUCUCAUAUUAAAGAGUGGUGAUCUUGUUUAGUCUCUAGGUUGUUGAUUUUCUUUUCGUUUUAUCUUUUUGUUUUGUACAAAUCCAAUGUAGUGUCACGAGUCACUUGAUCAAUAGUAGUAGUGGUACUAUAUUUUUCUC